GCAGCCCGUGCCGCAGACGGCGCCCAGCCUGCAGCACCAGACUCAUCCUUUUGCUGUUGUUUUGUGCCCGUCGUCACCGGGGAGGGAAACAAAGUCCAGCCGUUUAUCCUGCAGCGCAGGUGCGUCCACUGCUCCUGGCGGCUGACACUGCGUCCCGCCGGAGAGGCUUCCUGUCAGGGCCCAGGCCCACCCUCACCCUCCAGCUUCCAGGCUCCCCAGGCCUGCCCUUUGCCCUUCUCCAGGACAGUGGGUCUUGGAGAGACACCCCUCACCCCUGCAGGACAGGCAGGGCCCACAUCUGUUUUCCUUAAUUUGUGCCACCAUAAGUGCCCCUGGCCAGGUAGGACCCUCCCAGGCCAUCAGCCCUCCUCCAGCCAGGGGGCUGGUCCAACUCUGCUGCCAGAAAAGGGCCCCAGCCUGAAGGGCGUGUCCUGCUGCCCCCUGGGAUUGGGCUUCCCUAGGUGCACACAGAGAGUCCAUGGAUACAGGGAGGGACCUGAGGUUUGCAGUGUAGGUCAUUCCCGGGGGGGGCUGAGGCACCGUGCGACAGCCAACUGCUGUGUGUGUGCGGGGCGGGGGUACCCCGGGGAAGUCCCCUGGGCCCCCACGCUGGUCGUAGGAGGUGGAACGUCUCCUGGGCCUGGGGCCUUGCCUGGUGGGGAACACAGGCCCCCGCGUGUGUGUGUGUGGUCCUCCCGCACCCCAGCCCGAGUCUCCUGUCUGCCCCCAGAGGAGCCCAUUUACUGCUACACGCCGCACAACUUCACUCGCGACCAGGCGCUGUACGCGCGCGGCUACUGCUGGACGGAGCUGCGGGACGCGCUGCCCGGCGUGGACGCCAGCCUGUGGCCGUCGCUGUUUGAGCACAAACUGCUGCCCUACUCGCUGCUGGCCUUCGCGGCCAUCAUGUACGUCCCCGCGCUGGGCUGGGAGUUCCUGGCCUCCACCCGCCUCACGUCGGAGCUCAACUUCCUGCUGCAGGAGAUCGACAACUGCUACCACCGGGCCGCCGAGGGCCGCGCCCCCAAGAUCGAGAAGCAGAUCCAGUCCAAGGGGCCCGGCAUCACGGAGCGCGAGCGGCGUGAGAUCAUCGAGAACGCCGAGAAGGAGAAGAGCCCUGAGCAGAACCUGUUCGAGAAGUACCUGGAGCGCCGCGGCCGCAGCAACUUCCUGGCCAAGCUGUACCUGGCGCGGCACCUGCUGAUCCUGCUGCUCAGCGUGGCGCCCAUCUCCUACCUGUGCACCUACUACGCCACGCAGAAGCAGAACGAGUUCACGUGCGCGCUGGGCGCGUCCCCGGACGGGCCGGCAGGGGGCGCGUCCCCGGCCGUGCGCGUCAGCUGCAAGCUGCCGUCUGUGCAGCUGCAGCGCAUCGUGGCGGGCGUGGACAUCGUGCUGCUGUGCGCCAUGAACCUCAUCAUCCUCGUCAACCUCAUCCACCUGUUCAUCUUCCGCAAGAGCAACUUCAUCUUCGACAAGCUGCACAAGGUGGGCAUCAAGACGCGCCGGCAGUGGCGCCGCUCGCAGUUCUGCGACAUCAACAUCCUGGCCAUGUUCUGCAACGAGAACCGCGACCACAUCAAGUCGCUCAACCGGCUGGACUUCAUCACCAACGAGAGCGACCUCAUGUACGACAACGUGGUGCGGCAGCUGCUGGCCGCGCUGGCCCAGUCCAACCACGACGCCACGCCCACCGUGCGCGACGCAGGCGUGCAGACCGUGGACCCGAGCGCCAACCCCGCCGAGCCCGAGGGCUCCGCCGAGCCGCCCGUCGUCAAGCGGCCGCGCAAGAAGAUGAAGUGGAUCCCCACCAGCAACCCGCUGCCGCAGCCCUUCAAGGAGCCGCUGGCCAUCAUGCGCGUGGAGAACAGCAAGGCCGAGAAGCCCAAGCCGGUGCGCCGCAAGACGGCCACAGACACGCUGAUCGCGCCGCUGCUGGACGCAGGUGCGCGCGCCGCGCACCACUACAAGGGCGGCGGGGGCGACGCGGGGCCCGCGCCCGACAAGAAGCACGCGCGCCACUUUUCCCUGGACGUGCACCCCUACAUCCUGGGCACCAAGAAGGCCAAGCCGGAGGCCCUGCCCGCCGCGGCCCUGCCCUCCUCCCGGAGCCAGGAAGGGAGUUUCCUGUCUCAGGCGGAGGAGUGUGCGCUCGGCCUGGCAGCAGCACCCACCAAAGAUGCUCCGCUCCCCGAGAAGGAAAUCCUGUACCCAGCAGAGCCAGCCCGGGCCACGCUUCCUUCCGGGGGUCCGUUUCACGUCUGCUCGCCCCCCGCAGCCCCCGCCACAGCCCCUCUGUCGCCAGCCAGCCUGGGCAAGCCUGACCCCCUGGCCAUCCUGAGCCGCAACGCCACGCACCCGCUGCUGCACAUCAGCACGCUGUACGAAGCCCGGGAAGAGGAGGAUGGGGGCCCCCGGGCCCCCCCGGACGUGGGCAGCCUCAUCGCCAUCCCCCCGCCCCAGCAGAUGCUCAUCGCCACCUUCGAUGAGCCAAGGACAGUCGUAAGCACCGUGGAGUUCUGAGGGGCAGGGCUGCCUGGCCACCACAGACCCUCCGCAUGCCCCAGCGGUGCCACUGACCGCACCCCUGCGUGGACGUGGCCUCUGCUUUGCCCAGCACCGCCCACACCUCCUGGCCUCCUGUCCGCAUGCCAAGGGGCCGAGCACCUUGCCCACCCAGCCCCCAAGACAGCAUCACCAGGGUGCCGGCUGGGCCAGGGGCUGGCCUCGACCCCAGUGGAGCACCCAGCCAGAAAGGCCUGGAGCCCCCACCCCCACCCCAGGCGGCGCUCAGCUGUGAGAUUGAAGAGUGUAUUUUUUUAGUCCAUUUUGUCUUGGGUCCAGGACGCUGGCCCUGAGGGCCCAGGCUGUGGCUGGACACCUCCGGUCCUGAGCCCGGAAGGAAGCUGGGGGUGAUCGCACCACCAGGCCUGGCCGUGCCCAAGGGGCCAUGCUCAGGGCUCCCCGCUGCAGGGACCAGGAGCCCCGGGGCGGGAGGUGCCGGGGUCCACCCUCCAUCAGACCGACAUAUGCACUUUCUCCUUGUACCCCGACUUAUCCGUUCUUUACUUUACUAUGAUUACUGUAACUAUCGAGUGUAUGUGUUAUCAGGAGACAGGACAGCGUGUCCGUGGGCGCAUGAGCAGAGGACAAGGGUGCCAGUGUGCAAGUGCAUGUGUGAGUGGGCACGAGCGGGCGGGCGCCAGCGUGUAUGCACGGGUGUGUGAUUGGGCACAGGGCGGAGACAGUGUGACGCCAGCGUGCAAGGGAAGAAGUCCAACGCAAUAACCAUGUCCCCCCGCCCAGGCCACCAGCCCCCAACCCGAGGGCCCACGCUGCUUCCUGUGGGCGCCCAGGGCUGGUGCUCGGAGGGUCUGUCCCUAUUACCUCAGCCACGGCGACAACGUGACAGUAUUAACAAGGUAGCACCGAGCAGAUCAAUAAAUAUUAUUCUGAUACCG